GUAGUGAGUAGUAGCAAAACCACUGAUUUAUUAAUACGUGUCUUCCAAGCGGUGUGUUUAGGGAAUCAUGGUAAUGUGGGUGCUACUGCCACUGCUGCUGCUGGCUGCUGUUCCAGAGUCCCUCGGUGUAGUCCAAAAACUGCUGGAGAAUGCUGACUUCCCUGGAGAUGAUGUCCUGCAUAUCUACUCUCCAGAUGUUCACCACUGUCAGCUAGCCUGCACACAACACCAAUCCUGCCUCUUCUUCACCUUUCUAAGACCUGACUGGGACAAAGACGACAGGAAAUUCUACUGCUUCCUGAAGUACACAGACUCCGGAGUUCCAUCCCAGGUUUCAGAACGGAAUGGAGCAACUUCAGGCUUCUCCAUGUCCAAACCAAGUGUCUGUCUUUCAUCCAUAUAUCAGGAUGUAGAUUUCCCAGGAUCAGACUACCGUAAAUUGCCCUCAUCUAGCUAUGAUGAAUGCCAGAAGGUGUGUACCAGAGAUCCAGGCUGCAGAUUAUUUUCUUUCACAACAGGCAGCUUCCCAUUUGCAGCAGACAGGAAGACCUGCUUUCUAAAAUACAGCUGGUCUGUUCCGAUACCACCAAGCAUCACAACCCAAAUGGGUCUUGUAUCAGGGUUUUCACAGUCAUUGCCAAAGGCUAAGGGAACUAUCAAAGAAGAAUGUAAGGAGGAGAUUCUUGUCAACACAGAGUUCCCUGGCAAUGACUUUGAGCAGGUUCCUGCUGCAUCACCUCAACACUGCCAGAUUCUGUGUUCCAUACAUCCCCGAUGCACCCACUUCUCAUUUUCUCAAAGUAAAAGUUGGCACCAUAUGAGCUGCUUCCUGAAGUAUAAGCCAGAUGUAAGCAAGGAUGAGUCAGUUAAGAAGGAAGAGGUUUAUUCAGGAUUCCCAACACGCAACUGCAAGCCCUCAAAUGUGUGGGGAAGCCGCUUUGAGGACAUUGACUUCCUUGGUGCCGAUAACGGUCAUGUUUUUGUGGAUAAUGCUGAUCUCUGUGAAGAUUCCUGCACUGCAGACCGACAGUGUCAGUUUUACACCUAUGUCUUACCGUCUUAUCCUAACCUUACCCCCGAGCUCAGGAAUAAGUGUCACCUAAAGCAGGUCAUGACUCUGCCCAGGCCUGCUAAAGUGAUCUCUGCAAAAGGUGUGAUAUCUGGUUUCUCUCUGAAGAGCUGUAAAGAUGAUUCUUCAGAAGAACUGAGGGUGGAUGUGGACUUCCCUGGAGAUGAUGUCCUGCAGAUCUACUCUCCAGAUGUUUACCACUGUCAGCUAGCCUGCACAGAGCACCAUUCCUGCCUCUUCUUCACCUUUCUACGACCUGAUUGGGAUAAAGACAAAAGGAAAUUCUAUUGCUACCUGAAGCACACCACCUCAGGAAACCCAUCGCGAGUCACAGAACUCAAAGGAGUAACAUCAGGCUUCGCAUUGUCCCAUCAGGAGUACAAAAUAUUCUCCUGCCUGCCAUCCAUAUAUCAUGACGUAGAUUUCCCACAGUCAGACUACCGUAACUUGCCUUCGUCCAGCUAUGAAGAAUGCCAGGAGGCGUGUACCAGUGAUCCAGACUGCAGAUUCUUUUCUUUCGCAACAGAGACGUUCUCAGCAGUAGAAUACAGGAAAAUGUGCUUUCUAAAAUACAGCUGGUCUGUCCCAGUACCGCCAGUGAUCACAACAAAAAGGGGUCUCGUGUCAGGGUUUUCACAAUCUCUAAAAAAGGCUAAGGAAACCUCCAGAGAAGAAUGUAAGGAGGACAUUCUUGCCAAUUCUGAUUUUCCUGGCAAUGACUUUGAGCAGGUUCCUGCUGGGUCACCUCAACACUGCCAAAUUCUAUGUUCAAUACAUCCCCGCUGCACCCACUUUUCAUUUUCUCAAAGUAGAACCUGGUACCAGAUGAGCUGCUUCCUGAAGCAUAAACAAUACUUUAACAAGGAUGAGUCAGUUAGGAAAGAAGGAAUUUAUUCUGGAUUGCGAAUACGCAACUGCAAGCCUUUAACCGUGUGGGGUAGACGCUUUGAGGACGUUGACUUCUAUGGUGCUGAUAGCAGUCAAGCUUUUGUGGAUAAUGCUGAUAUCUGUGAAGAUAAAUGCACAGCAGACCCGCGCUGUCAGUUCUACACCUAUGUCCUACCAUCUUAUCCUGACCUUACACCAGAGCUCAGGAAUAAGUGUCACCUGAAGCGGGUUAUGACUCUGCCCAGGCCUGCUAAAGUGGUGUCUGUGCGUGAUGUGGUAUCUGGUUUCUCUCUGAGGAGCUGUAGAGACUAAGUAAAGAAGGAGUCAAGAGCUCAGAUAUGACAGAAUCUUCUGGAUCUUUUUUUCAAAUUCAAAUGCAAAUUUGAAAAUGCUAAUUAAAUGGUGCAUUUACAGUUUCUUAUGCA